CACCUGCCUGGUGCCGAAUCCUCUGUGACCCUCAUCGGAUCAAUACCCGUCGAUGUCACAACUCUUCCUCCCGUCGUCUUCCUCCGACACGUCAGUCAACAUGAAACUCGCGGCUUGUUGGACGGGCUCUGGUGCGGCGCGCGGCGCGGACACAUCCGGCUGCUGCACUUGCGCGCGUCGUCACCUUUAAGAUGCUUCUAUCCGAACCGGCCUCCAUCUUAACGAGGGACCGAGCUCCGCGCGUCCGGAGCCCGCAGGCGACACGUCGUCCACAGGCCCCGACGGAGCUCCUCCUCACCGCCGAGCGGAGCGGAGCCAACGACCGAGCUCCGUCUUCACAGGCCGACGGAGGCUCGAGCUGCAGCGCGGCGGUUCGAGCGUCUUGUUCCCGGGCUCCGUCGCCCUUCUCCCGCCCCCCGCCCCUCCGGGCCCCGGGUCGCUCCUCCAGCAUGGACACGUCCUGGAGCAACUUCCUCUUUCAGACGCCGGCGGCGCCGACGCGAUCUGACACUCCUCUGCAGUCGGAGCUCCUCCCCGAGCUCAGCGACUCGUCUCAGACUCCGUCCACGGACCACGUGGUCCCGCCGCCGUCCACCGUCGACACCGCCGCCCUGAGCGAGGAGCCGCUACCUGGUGAGGGGGCGAGGGGGGCGGGGCUAACAGACUGGCUGGACUUACUCCUCAGUACAGUUCAAGUAGAAACAGUGAAGCCCGUGGUGAAGGCGGCUCGUCCUCCUCACGUGUGCGUCACCUGCAACAAGGAGUUCAAGAACAGCUACAACCUGCGGCGGCACCAGUCGGUCCACACGGGCAUCAGGAUGAAGGACCGGGCGGCCCGCGAGCGGGAGGACGGGGGGAGGGGGGGAGGGAGGGGGGAGAAGCAGGCGGUGCCGCUCUCCCUCCUCCAGCUCACCCUGCCCCCGCAGGCUCCUCCCCCUCCCGCCGUCGCCCCGGACACCAUCCCCCAGCCCGGUCUCCACGCCAACCAGGAGAGCCGGCCCAUCUCUGUGUCCAUCGCCCCGGCAACCGUAACCAUGGCUGCACCGCAGCAGCCCAUCCAGGCAGCUGUUGUCAUCGUGGGCUCCAUGGAGCAGAGUCGGAGCCCCGGCGCCCACAGCAGCAGCAGCAGCAGCAGCAGCCAGGUGAGGAAGAACCACGCCUGCGAGGCGUGUGGGAAGGCGUUCAGAGACGUGUACCACCUCAACCGCCACCGGCUGUCGCACUCGGACGAGAAGCCGUACUCGUGCCCCGUGUGCCAGCAGCGCUUCAAGAGGAAGGACCGCAUGAGUUACCACGUGCGCUCGCACCAGGGCGGCGUGGAGAAACCGUACGUGUGUCCGCACUGCGCCAAGGCCUUCUCCAGGCCGGACCACCUGAACAGUCACGUCCGACAGGUUCACUCCACUGAACGACCCUUCAAGUGCACGACGUGCACGUCGGCGUUCGCCACGCGUGAUCGACUCCGGGCUCAUCUGAUCCGUCACGAGGAGAAGGUCCCGUGUCACAUCUGUGGGAAACUGCUGUCGGCCGCUUACAUCACCGACCACAUGAGGGUCCACAACCAAUCACAGCACCACGCCUGUCACCUGUGCAACCGCAGCUUCACCACCCUCACGUACCUGCGUGUCCACGCUCAGAAGCACCACGGUCAGGAGUGGAAGGAGAGCGGCGGGGCGCGCGGCGGCUUUGGCGGGACGGGGGCGGGUGGCGUGCUGCUCUGCCAGCUGUGCGGCGUUCAGUGCAAGACAGCCACGCAGCUGCAGGGUCACAUGGGCACGCACGCCAACCAGGGCAACGGCGGCGGCGCGGACCCGACAAGCUCGGGCACCGUGGGCAGCACCAGCGUGGCCGUCACCGUGUCCAGCGCCGCCAGCGCAGUGGGACUGCUGGUUACUGACUGCUCCAGUAUCGUCCCCCAGACUCACAGCUAGCACAGAGGGGGGAGGGGCAGGGGAGGGGGGAGGGGUCAACGAGGACACACGGAGGUCAGGACAGGAAAGGCGGAGCCAAACCAGCCAGACACCAGGGGGCGGGGCUUAUGACCUGCACUGCAGCCAGACACCAGGGGGCGAUCAGGAGGAUUUGACUUCAUGUCGGCCAUCUUGAUUUACAGUCUCUGUGUGUUAAUAAUUAAAUCUAAUAAAAGCGUCAGAUUAAAUAAAUUCAAACAUCACACGAUGGUAAAGUCUGACUGUAGUUUUCUCGUUGCAGAUUGUUCAGACGCAGGAAGUUUCUUCCUCGGCACUUCGUGUUUCAGCUCCGUCGACACAAACUUUACUGAACUUAACAAACUCAACACGUCGACACUGAACAAGACGAAAACCUUUUGAAUCACAAGGAAGGAAAGUUCACGUGAAUUUUUAUUCUCUCUGCUCAUCGUUUGGUUCUGACCCGACCUGCACAGCCCGACAUGGUUUUGUAAAAAGUUGUUUGGAGCUUUUUUUCUUUUUUUUUUACAUCUUUUAUAUUCCGUGACAUCAGUGUUUGGUUCUGACCUCAACGACGCCACUCAUCUCACUUUCUCCCAUCAUUUAUUAAAAACCUCCAGUUUGCCUUCGUCGGAUCAGAGCGGCGGCGUCUUCGCGUUUCUGCAGCGUCGUCUUGUACAUAAAUACUUUUCUAGAGCCGACGGAGGCGAACGUAACUCGUCGUCUGUGUCGUUAUUAAUUCCCCAUGAACUCUGAAUGUGAAUAACUUUUAUCUGCUUCAUAUAAUCUUUGUUCUGACACUGGAUGCUGAUUUGUGCUUCUUGAACUUGCAGUGUGAUUUAUCCGUAGCUCCCUUGGUGACACAUUUUUUUCGUGGCUGUGCAUAUUGAUUGUACUUGAAGCGUAGAGCCUCGUUACUGUACGUUACUACUGUAUUAAAGGCAGUGAAAUGCA